GCGGCGCCCAGCGCGGGUACUUCCGGGUGGCAGCGCGUUUUUUUUCCCCUUCGGCCUCUCCGCCACGCCGCCGCCUUCCCUCGCCGCUGGGACGCCCGCUCCCCACCCUCCCCUUCCCCGGCUCCCUCUGCUUUCCCCCCCGCUCGCCUCUUCCCGUCCCGGGCCAUGCCGCUGCGGGGUUCCCGGCCCGCGGGGCCGUGGGGGCGGCUGUUGCUUGUGGUGGCGCUGGCGGCCUGCGCCGCCCGGGCCUCCGAGAUCACCUUCGAGCUGCCCGACAACGCCAAGCAGUGCUUCUACGAGGAGAUCGCCCAGGGCACCAAGUGCACCCUCGAGUUCCAGGUGAUCACUGGAGGUCAUUAUGAUGUUGACUGUCGGUUGGAAGAUCCUGAUGGCACUGUGUUGUACAAAGAGAUGAAGAAACAAUAUGAUAGCUUCACGUUUACUGCAUCCAGAAAUGGAACAUACAAAUUCUGCUUCAGCAAUGAAUUCUCUACUUUCACACACAAAACUGUGUACUUCGAUUUCCAGGUUGGAGAAGAUCCACCACUGUUUCCUAGUGAGAACAGAGUAACUGCACUUACCCAGAUGGAGUCUGCGUGUGUUUCAAUUCACGAAGCUUUGAAGUCCGUCAUCGAUUAUCAGACUCACUUCCGCUUGAGGGAGGCGCAGGGCCGCAGCAGAGCGGAGGAUUUAAACACCAGGGUGGCCUACUGGUCAAUAGGGGAAGCCAUCAUUCUUCUUGUCGUUAGUAUCGGGCAGGUGUUCCUCCUCAAAAGCUUCUUCUCGGAUAAAAGAACCACAACAACCCGCGUUGGAUCAUAACUGGUAGCGGUAAAGCUUCAGGUCAUUGUGUGAUACUCAUCUGUAAAAAUUACUCUUUUUCCAAUUAAUUGCAGGUAUAAAGGAUCUGAGUAUAUGCAAAAGUCAAAUGUGUCUACCCCGCAUUCCUUAAAAAUCACAAAACAGACCCAAAAUGUUAUGAAAGGGACACAUGAUCUGAACUAUUUUUAAAAUUCUUUGGAACUUUAUGUUUGGGUUUUUUUCUGAUUCCUGUAUUAAAUAACUGGCAGUGACCAGCCUCUCUUCACUUCUGCUGAAUUUAAUCCAAAGUGAGUUUGAUUGUUACCAGUAAGAUUACCCAUCUGCAGUAUAACACUUUAAAAUAACCCAGCAGUCUAGUGUCUGAUACAAGAGCCAAUAUAUAUGAAAAUUUGAUUUUAAUUUUCAGGCUGAAUGUAUUGGAUCGUAAAAAGGCAAAUAUGAUGAACUGUAGUGCAAUGUUUUGAUUUGCUGUUAAAAAAGCAAUCCGAUGAUAUCCCUUGCUUAUUUGUAACAUUGUUGCUAGCUUGACACUACAUCAGGGUGCAAAUUCUCCAUCAGCCUGGUAAGUCUCCACUUUCAAAUAUAACUAAAUUUUGUACUUUAGUAUAUUUGCUUAAACAUGCAUUCUUCUAUAUUAAUAUAAAUACAUUUCCUCUUGUACUAUGUUUGUUUCACUAAACAAAUUGUAAGCUGAGACUACUCAGGAAAUCCACUUUCUGUAUUCAAAAAUCCAAAUCUCCGAGUUUAUUUUAAAAACAUGCAAUAAAAUAGGAAAUCUUGUAUCUUUGUCACUGAAACUGUACAGUUUCCAUACUCAUAUGUGCUGCUGCUGCUGCCGCUUUUUGUAUUUUAAGACCAGAAGUAGCUUGGUUUGUUAAGCAGCACAGCACCAGCACUGGAUGAGGCUAUAUGGUGUGUUAGGCACAUACAAAGCAUUUUACUAAAUUGUUUUCCUAUUAAGAGGCCAAUUUGAUAUUGAUAUUGCAUUGCACGAGUGCUGUAAAUUUUACUUUCCUGUGUGUGGUGCACUGAUACUUGAUGGCCUUGUGCAUCUAAUUGCCACUCUUUUUUGCUAGUGGUCGGGAAAUGUUUAAAAUAUUUCAGGUUAUCUUUUUUCCAGUAGAGUUAUAGCCACGUUGUUCCCAUUGCUCAUGUCUUUAGUAGCUUAUGUACUGUAAAAGUCUUGGUUUAUUUGGAUGGGGAAGGUAGUAAAUGUAUAUACCUACAAGUAGCUUGAAUUGAGCUGGUCCUAGUAAGGCUCAUAAUAAACUCUUUCAGAUCACUCUGGAGGAAUAAGCAGACUGACCAAUUCUUCAGUGCACACAAACUAAACUAAGGUGAGAAGGUUUGUCAUAAAUUACUGGCUAGUUCAAAAGAUGCUGCUUAAGCAAGUUCUCAGCAAGGAGAGAAAGAGCUAAACCCUUAUUAAUUGCCUGUAUUAUUUCUAGCAAAAUUUUGAAAUUACAUGUACAGGUGACACUUGAGCAGUCUGAAGAAUUGUUCUAAGAUUAAUCGAUUUUAAAAUCGUGGGAUGGCUGAAAAAGAUAAAUAAAAGUGUGCCUACUCUCUCUUGUGAACUGAACGACUGCUUUUUUGGGCACUGAAGAAAAACCUCAAGAGAGCUCAAAAAAUCAUUGAAAGGGUCAUGGGGGUACUCAAAAGCUUAAUAUCUGUAAAAUGCAGGAUUAUAUAUAACAUUUUUCUAUCCUGUACUGAACUUUGAACACUGCAGUCCCAUGUGGGGAUGCAAGCUUCCCAGAAAUAGUUAGACUUGCAAAGAUCAGACAACAAAAACAACUAGGGCUUUUUUCUUAUCGUGCAGAUCUGUGCCCACACACAAUAUGCUUGAUUGUACCUAUAUGCUUUAUUCUUGUGUUUCAGCAGCUGAUACUCAGUACUCUUUGUGCUGCAUUGCACACAAUAAUGAAGCAAGUGGUACACUUUGGGUGCAAGUGUUGGAUGAAAACAUGAUUUAAUUUUGAUAGCAUCCACUAUCAUCUUCUGGAAUUUGAAAAUCACUUAUGUAGCUUUAAUGGCAACAAAAGCAUUUGUUUUGAAGAUCAAAACGUUGGAAUUCUUCCCACUGAGUUGUUCUGUGUACUGUCAAAAUUGUCAAACAGUGAAUGGGAUAAAAUAGAUAAUGGUCAGCCAUCACGUACAUGCCUCUGUUUUUUCUUUCGUAAUGUUUGAAUGUGUGAUGUGGGACUGCUCAGCUCAAUAUUACUCCCACUGCAGAGGUUUAGUGGACUUGACUUUUGCAUUGAAAGUUAGGUAUCCAACCCAGUCCUCUGGUAUCCUGCUGCAUAAUAUGCAGCAAUAGCUUAAAAAUGCCUUUAUUUUUGUGUUAUUAAAUUCAUGGCACAAAUACACGUGUUUAAACAUAGCUGUAUAUAGUUUUUAAAAUAAGUGACUGAAUAGGAUAUAAUAAACAUGCUAACACGCAGUGGGUGAAGAAAUGCAUUGUGACUUUUGGUUAAAGCUGCAUUUUUUUAAUAUAUGAAAACAAUAGUUUGGUUAAUGGUAUGAUACGCAAGUAAACACCACGCGUUAAUGGGGAUAUAACUGUAUUUUUAAUUGCUAAAGGCCCUGGGUUUCAGCUACUCCUUGGAUGUUUUAUGUUUACAGAAGUUCUUUUCAUGUCCUGAAAUGUCAGUUCUUGUUUUAGUUUGGAGGGGGAGGGAAGUUUAGUUUGAACAAGACAAAAAGCAGACCCUGUGAAUAUUGUAUGGGAAAAUAAAAAAUUAAUAUAUGAA